AUGGGGAAUGUCGCCAGCCGUCUCGACGAUGUGGGGAAUUUGUUCUUCAAGGAUCAGAAUCGCUUUUCGAUCGCAUCGGUCACGAUAAGCAACUCCCGACGUCGUCUUUUGACUCUAUCUCCCAACGCGUUCCCUGCGGCGAGGUUCGUAGCUAAGCGCGAUGCUGGGGACGAUACUCCGAUCGAAUAUAUCCAGGAUCCCGACACUUCAUCCUCCGUUUCAGUACCAACGUUCAUGCUACGCCUGUCAAAUGACGAAGAGCUGAUCUUCAAUUUCACCUUCAUCAUCCGUCAGACCCAGACCGGCAAUGCUCCCAACUCCGUCAAUGGCGUCUCAACUACUCUACCAGAGGUGGCGGACACAAGUCUCACUGGGCUUACAUUUGCUCACGCAUCCAACUCGAAGGAACUGGACAACCUAAUCACAAGAGAGUUCCAUGCAAACCCUAACCUUCAGAAUAACUCAAAUGUUCAGUUGAUCGGAGAUUAUAGUACCGGCGGCACUCCGUCCGUGUCGUUCGACUGGUGCUGGAGAUGGAAACCACCAAAGGUGACGGAAGAUAAAGGCGGGGGCUGGCGCAAUAGCUGCAGCUUCUUGGAUUACGACCAAAGGACAAACCGCCUGAAUACCCUGGCGCACUUUUCGUUCUGGGUGCACAACUCUGUUCGCCUCCUGCCGAGUCCACAGAUAUCUUCGCCAAACCUAGAGCCACCCGUGCCUCCGCGUUCCCGUAUCCCGUCUACUCAGUCUGUCCUAUCUCAGAAUAGUGACACUGAAUCCUCCAACCCCUAUCUUCCCUCGACUACUCCGCCUGAAACAGAGAAUGCUCUCCCGCCUCCUCCACCGACCGCUCCCCCACCCCCACCCCCAGCCAAGGUGGACCUACCGCAUUCUCGGGCUGGAGAUGAUAUGAGUGGGGUAGAAGAUGGCCCGCUAUUCCGCGCGACCAUGAAGGCACUGGAAUUGAAGACAGGAAACAUGCGCACAAAAAUCAAGAAGGUGUUGAAAAAGGCCGAGGCCGCCCAACAGGCGCAAACUAGCUGCAACGAGGCCAUGGAAGCAUUCCUGGGCUCGUUGAAUGAUGCAUCCACCUCAAAUGCGAAUGCCAUCCAGCCCGCUCUAGAUCAUUAUUUCGAAAAGAUCGCUCGGCAGAUUUUGAAUUACGAGCAGCUAAACACAAUCCAACUGCAAAAGCUCGUCAUUGAACCCUUGAUCAAGCUUUAUCAUAAUGAUAUCAAGCAAGCAGAGGCCAAAAAGAAGGAAUGGGAUGAGGAGAGCCGUGACUAUUAUGCCUAUGUCAGUCGGUAUCUGGGCCAGCGACAGGAUUCACUGAAAGAGAAAAAACGGGCCGAAAGUGACUCGAAAUAUCAAGCCAAACGGCGCAAUUUCGAACUGAGGCGUUUUGACUACUCAUCGUUUAUGCAAGACCUCCACGGGGGUCGCAAAGAGCAAGAAGUCCUCUCGCACCUCACCAAGUACGCGGAUUUCCAAGCCAAGAACUUCUUGGCAGCGGCACAAAAGGUCGAGGGCAUGACUCCUCAACUGGACGCUCUCAUCCACGAGGUGAACCAGGCAGACAAAGAGUUUCAGUUCCAGCGGACUGAGCGUGAAGAGAAGCGCCGGUAUCUGGAAAAGAAUAGUAAUCCAUACCUCGAACCCGAUGCCACAGUGACCGGGACUGCGAAUUUGCCUUCUGUUUCGGCAGGAACGGUCAACAGUGGUACCUCUACUGAGGUUGAGUUAGGCCGGGCGGAUAGCACAGGCUCGCAGCUUCGAGGAGUCAUAAGCAACACUUCGUCAGUCUCUUCCCAGGCAAAUGCAGGAUCAGUUGUGUCGUCAUCUGGGGUAUGUGCCCCUGCAUCAAACCCAGCGUCAGCUGGAAACACAGGCCAGAACCGCUUCAAGGGUAUCCGUGAUCUCGAGGAACAGAAUAGUUUCUCGUCUGAUCGAAGCGGGGGCCAGCAGCGAAAAGAAGGCCUCCUGUGGGCAUUAUCUCGUCCAGGAUCGCACAUUGAUCCGAAGGGGAUUAAUAAACAGGCAUGGCACAAGUUUUGGAUCGUGUUGGACCAAGGGAGAUUGUCCGAAUACAGCAACUGGAAACAGAAGCUGGACCUCCACAUGGAGCCCAUCGAUCUGCGUAUGGCGUCUGUCCGCGAGGCUCGCAAUGCAGAACGGCGAUUCUGUUUUGAAGUGAUCACGCCUCAAUUCAAGCGUAUCUACCAAGCCACGUCCGAAGAUGACAUGUCGAAUUGGAUCAGGUCUAUCAACAAUGCGCUCCAGAGCGCCGUAGAAGGCCAAGGAACUCCGCCCCCACCCCCUUCUUCCAAGGAUUCAUCCACCAGUCGGGACAUUGGGUCCGUUCUCACUGGGAAGAGUUCGUCUGUUUCUGGUCACCACUCUUAUUCGUCCAGUUCAAGCAAUGCCGGCGUCAACCGACGCACCACAGUCGGGGCGCGGCCGAGCUACGUCCGCCACGACAGCAACAGUUUUGAAGAGAACCCCGCAAAACUUCUGCAGGUCGUACGAGAUGCAGACCAAGGUAACAACUGGUGCGCUGACUGCGGAUCAUCUUCCAAGGUAGAGUGGGUGUCGAUAAACCUGGGUAUUGUACUCUGCAUUGAAUGCAGCGGGAUUCAUCGGUCUUUGGGGACGCAUAUAUCCAAGAUCCGCUCGCUCACAUUGGAUGUGCAUUCGUUUUCGAACGAUAUCGUCGAGAUUCUCUUGCAGAUUGGCAACCGCGUUAGCAACAUGAUCUGGGAGGCGACUUUGGACCAAACACUCAAGCCAAACGCCACCUCUACACGCGAGCAACGUCUCAAGUUCAUAACCGCUAAAUAUGUUGACCGAUCCUAUGUUGAGGGUCUUCCCUCACCGCGCUCUCGCUUUGCAACGCCUGACGAGCACCUUCUUGCUUCGAUCAAGAAAAACGACAUCCAAGGUGUGCUCUACGGCCUUGCCCUUCGCGCUAAUGUCAAUAUCACCGACCGCUCCCGCAACACCCAUGCAACCUUCCUCGCUCUCGCAGCAGCCGAGCCUGCAUCUCCGGGCUCCACACCGGUGACUCUCUCCGCUAGGUCUAGCGCAAAGGCGAUCCCUUUCCCGAUCGCCGAGCUUCUAGUCCAAAACGGUGCAGAGAUCCCGCCCCAACCCCCCUCCAUCCCGCUCUCCCCCGCAGCCCAGUUGUACCUCAGCCAACGGACUGCACGGUCAUCUGCAUUCAGCACCCCUAUCCCGCCGCCCGGCCGGGCCACAGCUGCCGACACCUUAGGCUCUCUCCCCACAAUCCGCGGCAAGGACAGUGUUUCCUCUACCUCACAUACCCCCACUCUCGCAGAAAGCAAGGAAAAAGACCGAGAGAAGCUGUCCAAACGAGGCAGCGCCGGAGCCCGCUUCGCUGGGAAGGUGGCUUCGCUUGGCAUCGAUCGACAAUGA